AUCGAGUUUAGUUGAGUUGACUCACCUUAAGAUUUCACUGCGCUCGCUUAAUUUGUAUUCAUAAACUCGUAUAACAUUUUGCAAACCGACAUAGCGAGACUAGAAAAUAAUAUGUUUGCAUUUGGAACAUGUCCUUUUGUGCUCAUCGUACUUUUGAUUGUGAAUAUUGGAAUCUCCGAGACCGAAUCAACAGGCCCCACUCAUGGCAAAGUAGUAAUAUGUUAUCUAGGAAGCUGGGCUGUAUACAGACCUGAUAGAGGCUCCUUUUCAAUUGAGCACUUGGACCCGAACUUAUGUACACAUUUGGUUUACUCCUUCGCAGGACUAAACGUUACUGAAAAUUCAUUAAGGUCCUUAGACCCAUGGCAAGAUUUGACGGAAGAUUAUGGAAAAGGCGGCUACAAAAGAAUCGUUUCCUUAAAGCACAAAUAUCCACACUUAAAAGUAAUGCUAGCAGUUGGUGGUUGGAAUGAAGGCUCCACUAAUUAUUCGAAAUUAGUCGCUGAUCCCCAUCGUAGGGGCGCGUUCGUCGGAAACGCCCUCAGUUUCAUAAGAAAAUACAGCUUUGAUGGGCUCGACUUGGACUGGGAAUUCCCCGGAUCACGAGGAGGUGCUGUAGAAGACAAACAGAAUUUCCUCCUUUUGGUCAAGGAACUCAAAGCCGCUUUUAAAAAGCACAAUCUCCUAUUAACCGCUGCUUUUGGAGCUUCCAAAGCUACUAUAGAUGUCGCCUACGACGUUUUAGGUCUCUCCGUAUACUUGGAUUACUUCCACAUGAUGUGCUACGAUUACCACGGGGCGUGGGACAAGAAAACAGGGGCAAACGCACCAUUAAGAAGUUCAGACACGCUGAACGUGGAAUACACAAUAAACUACAUGCUUAGCCUGGGCGCUCCGCCUCAAAAACUGGUUUUGGGAAUCCCCCUGUACGGCAGGACGUUUCUCUUAACCGAACCUGUAUUGGAAACGUCUAAAAGAAAACCGAAAUUGGGCGCGCCAGCAUUGAAUACAGGUUUCACUGGUCCUUACACAAGAGAAGGGGGCUUCAUGGGAUACAACGAGAUUUGCUUGGAGUUGAAAAACGAAUCGCUGCAUUGGAAGACCUAUUGGGACGAGGAGUCCCGGACCCCUUUUGCAGUGUCCAACAAUCGCGUGAUGGUGUACGACGACGAGCGGUCCAUCGCGGAGAAGAUUCGAUUCGCUAUCGAGAAGAAUUUGGCAGGCGCCAUGGUGUGGUCGGUGGACACCGAUGAUUUCCAAGGCGAUUGCUCCGAUCCGGAGGAAGGAGAUUUCGUCAACUACCCGCUGAUGAGACGCAUUAACAAGUCCAUUGUCGAGGAGAAGGAAAAUGUCGUCGCGGUCGAUGGUGGUUUAAAGACUUGUAGUGUUUUGAGUAUGAGUAUUGUAAGUGUUUGUAUAGUAAGAGCGUUGUUGUAUUAGUGA